AUCGUAUUUUUUUAUUAAUUUUGAUAUUAAAGUAUAUCAAUUGUAGAAAUACCUUGUGUUUUUUUUUAUGUUAAUGUAUAUUUAUAUCAUUGUAUUACACUUGUGAGAAAUUGUAACAAAGUAAGAUUUGUACGUAGUACCAAGGCUACGAAUGUGAUCAAGGCCAUGAUCAAUAACUCCUUAUACUUGUAGAUGCAGAAAUGCGGAAAUCUGAGAAGAUGAGUGUCGCAGGCGCACUGUCCCGCGUUCACCCUUCCGCGCCGAUAAGUCAGCGUGGUGGCAAACUUAAGAUCCGUUUUUAGUUUGCUCCGGUCUCUCGGGCACUCGGCACCACGACGAUACACGGUGGCGGAAAUCACGUCGUCGGCGAAAAUAAAUUCGUGCACGGCGAAGACGGCGAGCGUUAUCAGUGAUCGGCCACAUGAUGAAAGGUCUCGUAUCGAUAGACCCUGUUCAAGAAGCCAUGGGCUCCAUAGGUCCAUGGCAUAUCAUCAUCGCUGUAGCGAUUUCCCUUGUCAAAUUUCCAGUAGCUUGGCAUCAGCUCUCCAUCGUUUUUCUCGCACCGCCCACUAACUUCUCAUGUAUCGCUCCAGUAUCAGCAAUCAACGAAUCUAUGAUAAUGAAGUGCGAGGUCGACGUUGGGAAUGGCACUAUAGAGAAGUGCACUGACUUCAAAUACGAUAAGCGAAUAUUCCGAGAGAGUAUCAUAACGCAGUGGAAUUUAGUAUGUGAUAGGCAACAAUUAGCGAAUUUUGCACAAUCUUGCACAAUGUUGGGUGUGCUCGUUGGUAAUUUAAUUUUUAGCAUGAUGGCUGACAGAAUUGGUCGAAAAAAACCAUUAAUGAUUGCGAUCGCAUUGCAAUUUGCAACAGGAUUGGCGAGUGCAUUCGCACCGUGGUACGAAUUGUUCCUGGUACUGAAAUUUAUUUGUGCCGUGUCUACUGGAGGAACAAUGCUCGUCAGCUUCGUUUUACUUAUGGAGAUUGUUGGAGUCAAAUGGAGAUCGAUUAUGUCGGUUCUCUUUCACAUGCCAUUUUUAAUCGGACAUGUAAUGAAUCCUCUGAUAUCUUAUUUGACACUUACGUGGUACGGCUUUCAAAUGGCCAUUUCAAUACCGUCAGUUUUUUUAUUAGCGUACUACUGGGUUAUUCCGGAAUCACCGAGAUGGUUACUAGCUAUGGGCAAACACAGACAGGCUGAACGAAUUUUGCUGAAAGCUGCCGAACGAAACAAGAUACCAGAGGAAAAUGUAAAUCUAGCGCUUGAAACUUAUGAUAAUCAGGCGACAAUUCGAGAAGCAAAGAACAAGGAAAAAUACAAUAUCACGCAUUUAUUUAGAACUCCGAAUUUAAGACUGAAAACUGUAUAUGUUAGUAUCAACUGGUUCGUCUGUGGUAUAUGUUUCUUCGGAUUAGCGCAAUACAUGGGUCAUCUCGAUGGCAAUAUAUUCCUUAACGUCGCAGUUUCUGCUGCCAUGGAAUUACCUGGAACUGUAAUAGUAUUGUUUCUAAUAUCGCGAGUUUCACGCUUAAAAAUUUUAAUGGGCGGAAAUAUCUUGUCCGGCGUAAGUUUACUUCUGAUAACUCUUAUAACCAACGCAAACGUCCGGAUAUUUUUAGCUUCAUUAGGCCUAGUAGGUAUGGCUAUUAGCUUUCCCACAGUAUAUCUAUAUAGUGGUGAAGUAUUUCCGACUGUCGUGAGAAAUGUUGGCGUUGGUUUGGGAAGCAUUUCUGCCAGAAUCGGAAGUAUAAUUGCACCAUACAUUGCUACAAUGGGCACUAUCCAACCUUGGCUGCCACCAGUAAUAUUUGGCUUAGGACCGAUAAUAGGCGCUAUGCUCUGUUUAUUUUUACCAGAAACGAUGAAUUGUGAGUUGCCAGAGACAAUAGAAGAUGCCGAAAACUUUGGAAAGAAAAAAUCUGAGGAAGAACAUUGACUUGGCAAUUGAUAUAUAUAUCAUGCCCAUUGAGUUAUAUAAUUUUCCAUAAUUAAAUAUCUCAUUGAAAUUUAGCGUAGUAUGUUAAAUUCAAUUGAAGAUAUUCUCUAUAACAGUAUUUUUUAUUUCGAGUCUGUACAAAAGAUUGGUAUAAUUAUACUUUUUUAAAUAUACUACAAUAAUGAAAUCAUGUCUAAAAAGAAAAGCAAUUUUCAUACAUAAUUUGUAUUAUUCAUGUAUUUACACGAUAUACAAUACCAAUGUUUUGUAUGUCACAACAAAUUUUAUAUACAAUCAUAUAUUUAUAUAACAUGCACUAUUAUUAAAUUUUAUAU